UUGCUCAACCGCGAAGGGCGUCCAUCUAAUUAUAAAAACCUUUCAUAUUUACUUUGUACACGUUUUGAUCUAGGCAGUAAGGUCCGGUUAGCUGUAUUUUGUUAUUCGAUAACCGUGCUUCGCACUGAAACUCUGGUAAAUGUUUUUUUUCGAACUAGAUGUCUUGUUUUCGCACGCCUUCGGUUGGUUCAAGGUGUGCAAUUCGUGUAUAUCAACCUCCGCAUCGCAUCAGUCAUUACUUUUGAUCCCCAAUGGGUUGCACAACUUAUGCGUCAGGCGAAAACGCGCUACCCACGAAACCUCGCACCAAACGCGCAAGGAACUCCACUGAUGGGAGAGUACCACAAAGCCAUUCGUGAACGACAUGCGGGUGUACUGGGGUUAGCCGCAUUUGUACACGCUCAUCCGCAUACGACACCGGACUAUUUACCUCAGGUUAUCACAGAGCUGGCCGGUCAUGUGCACGAUCCUCAGCCAAUUGGAAAAACCGUGUCAGACACUUUAGCCGCCUAUUCGCGCAAUCACCAAGAUAACUGGCAUGAGCAGCGCCACAAAUUUACGGAAGAACAAUUGGAAGAAUAUUUAUCGGUGGUCUCCGCGGCAGUCUAUUAUGUGUAA